AUGCAGAAGUUCCUGAAAAUAUCCCACCAUUAUCCACAGUUCGGGCAUGUGCAAGAACUCUGCCUCUGGUAUGUGGCUAUCGCUUUUGCUCCCGACAAAGUUCAAACUCCCCAUAAAAACAGCAGAAUUAUUGCUUGUUCAUUUUUGUUUUCGUUGAAUUGGUUGGAUUUGCAGGAACUUUUGGAAUUUGGACUUGGAUUUGAUAAUGCCAUUUCACAGCCGUGCUCUUGUCACAGCAACAAUAGAUUAACGAUUAGGUCCCAAGCCGGUUUGCAUAGUAAACAUUUGAUCGGUAAUGAGAGAGUAUUGCAGUUGGCGUCUGCAUUUUCCUGGAAAACGGCAUGCGAUGCGAAACGAUGGGGGAAGCAUUAUACCUUGGAGAGAAAUAAGGUAUGGUGGAACAGAUUGACGAUAAAGGCUGUUUCAACACUUGAAACAAUGAGUGUGCCUAAAAACAAUGGUGUAAAAGGGUGUCAAAGUGUUUUGAGAAUGGAUAUGGAUUCAGUUGGGUCGGAUCCCUCUGAUUCCCAGAUGGAAUCUUCAAGUGAACAUUCGACAGAACUGGAUGAGAGGGAAAAGUUGAGACGUAUGAAAAUUUCAGAAGCAAACAAAGGAAAAAUACCAUGGAACAAAGGGAGGACAGAACUGGAUGAGAGGGAAAAGUUGAGACGGAUGAAGAUUUCAGAAGCGAACAAAGGAAAAAGACCAUGGAACAAAGGGGGGAAACAUAGCCCAGAAACAUUGCAUAGAAUGAAAGAGAGAACCUGGGUAGCAUUUCUUCCUAAGGAAACAAGGAUCAAAAUUGGAAUGGGUAUGCGGCUCGUUUGGGAAAGGCGACGCAAGAAGUUGAUGGUGCAAGAGACUUGCCACCACGAGUGGCAGAAUCUAAUUGCAUUGGCUGCCAAAAGGGGCCUUUCAGGAGAGAAGGAACUACAAUGGGACUCUUACCAAAUCAUGAAGAUGAAGAUGCUUAACCUCAGGCAUGCUCGAAGUAAGGAAGUAAGGAUCAAAAUUGGAGUGGGUAUGCGGCUCGUUUGGGAAAAGCGACGCAAGAAGCUGAUGGUGCAACAGACUUGCCUCCACGAGUGGCAGAAUCUAAUUGCAUUGGCUGCCAAAAGGGGCCUUUCAGGACAGAAGGAACUAAAGGAAUGGCUCAAGAGCAUUGAGCAGAGGAAAAAGCUGAUGGUGCAAGAGAAUUGCCACCGCGAGUGGCAGAAUCUAAUUGCAUUGGCUGCCAAAAGGGGCCUUUUAGAAGAGAAGGAACUACAAUGGGACUCUUACCAAAUCUUGAAGAUGACGAUGCCUAACCUGAGGCAUGUUCGAAGUAAGGAAACAAGGAUCAAAACUGGAAUGGCUAUGCGGCUCGUUUGGGAAAGGCGACGCAAGAAGCUGAUGGUGCAACAGACUUGCCUCCACGAGUGGCAGAAUCUAAUUGCAUUGGCUGCCAAAAGGGGCCUUUCAGGACAGAAGGAACUAAUGGAACGGCUCAAGAGCAUUGAGCAGAGGAAAAAGCUGAUGGUGCAAGAGACUUGCCACCACGAGUGGCAGAACCUAAUUGCAUUGGCUGCCAAAAGGGGCCUUUCAGGAGAGAAGGAACUACAAUGGGACUCUUACCAAACCUUGAAGAUGGCGAUGUUUAACCCGAGGCAUGCUCGAAGAAGCUCAAGGGCAUUGAGCAGAGGAAAAGAAAAGCACACCAAGGAUUAUGGGAAACAAGCAGAAGAGGAAGAUUGCAGAGGCCAUAGUGGCCUUGGCCGAUCCUCAUGGCUCGAAAGCAAAAACGGCUUUCGAGUUUUUGAGAACUGGGCUGAAGCUAUGAAAUGUUACUCGUUUUCUGCAGAUAUUGCUAUUUCACAGCCGUGCUCUUGUUACAGCAACAAUAGAUUAACAAUUAGGUCCCAAGCCGAUUUGCAUAAUAAAUAUCUGAUCGGCAAUGAGAGAGGAUUGCGGUUGGCGUCCGCAUUUUCCUGGAAAACCGUAUGUGAUAUGGAACGAUGGGGGAAGCAUUAUACCUUGGAGAUAAAUAAGGUAUGGUGCAGAAGGUUAAGGAUAAAGGCAAUUGCAACACUUGAAACAACGAGUGUGCCUAAGAACAAUGGUGCAAAAGGGUGUCAAAGUGUGUUGAGAAUGGAUAUGGAUUCAGUUGGUUCGGAUCACUCUGAUUUCCAGAUGGAAUCUUCAAGUGAAGAUUCCACAGAACUGGACGAGAGGGAAAAGUUGAGACGGAUGAAGAUUUCAGAAGCGAACAAAGGAAAAAUACCAUGGAACAAAGGGAGGACAGAACUGGAUGAGAGGGAAAAGUUGAGACGGAUUAAGAUUUCGGAAGCGAACAAAGGGAAAAAACCAUGGAACAAAGGGGGUAAACAUAGCCCAGCAACAUUGCAGAAAAUCAAAGAGAGAACCUGGGUAGCAAUGCAAGAUCCUAAGGUCAAGAUGAAGCUUCUUACAGUGAGGGAUGCUCGAAGUGAGGAAACAAAGAUCAGAAUUGGAGUGGGUGUCCGGCUUGGUUGGGAAAGGCGACGCCAGAAGCUGAUGGUGCAAGAGACUUGCCACCACGAGUGGCAGAAUCUAAUUGCAUUGGCUGCCAAAAGGGGUCUUUCAGGAGAGAAGGAACUACAAUGGGACUCUUACCAAAUCUUGAACGAAGAACUCGUCGGGGAGUUGCUCAAGAGUAUUGAGCAGAAGAAAAGCACACCAAGGGCAAGGAUUAAGGGGAACAUGCGGGCACCCAAGUCGGCCGAGCAUAAACGGAAGAUUGCUGAGGCCAUAGCGGCCAAGUGGGCUGAUCCUGAAUUCCGUAAUCGCAUGCGCAGCGGUCGAGCCAAAUACUAUGGCACUCCAGAAGGGAUUGAAAGGAGGCCAAGGAGAAAAUCGAGUGCUAAUGGGCUGCCUCGAAAGAGAAGCCCAAAGAGUGGGAUGGCUGUUCUUGAAAAACAUGAGACUAAGAGCCCAGCUGAACGAAAGAGAUCAAAUAGAAGUAAAGAACCUCUGUACAAGGAUCCAUUAGCAAGUUCCAAGCUGGAGAUGUUGAAAAACAUCAGGGCUCAGCGGGCUGCUUCUGUGGACAAACAAAGUGUAGCCAUCACUAGGGCAAGGCUGUUGAUUGCUGAAGCUGAGAAAGCAGUCCAAGCACUUGAAACAGCUGCCAAGACAAACCCUUUUGCUGAAGCAUCGGUAAUCGAAAGCAGGAUGCUAAUAUCUGAAGCUCAGCAGAUAAUAAAGUCCAUCGAAGCCCAAGAAACCAUCCUGUUUGAAAACGGCAAUAAUCUUUCAGAAAAUUCAACCACCCGAGUACCAACUCUCGAAAACGAGGCAGACCCAAAUGUUCGGGAUUCCGUAUUAUUCAAACACGUAAAAGUGAACGGAGUCGAAAGCAAUUUCGAAAAGUUGAGUCCAAACGAUUUAGUCGAAACUGGUGAAAAUCUCUUCCACUUGACGAGUUCUAAUGGCCACAUACCACUACUGUCCAAGGACCUUGAUGCUGUCGAAGCAAACCCUAAUGGAAGCUCUGGACUGGACUGUACAUCAGAGAAUCUUGAAGGGCUGGAAAAACAAAUCAAAUUGGCCAAGGAAUGUAAAAAGGAGAAUGUUGAAGGACCAGGAAAAAAAAUCAAAUCGAUCAAGAAAUGGGUUCGCGGGCGGCUGGUUGAAGUUGAAGUUGAAGUUGAAGUUGAAGUUGAAGUUGAAGAAUGCUAGGUCAGUCUCAGCUUUUGUAACAAUUGCUAAAUAGUUUCAUUGUCUAUGCUAGGAAAUAUAGAGGGUAUAGUGCUGGCACAUACCCAAGUUUUGAUGCCCAGAUGGACUCCAUACGUUAACACUGUAUGUAACAUACUCAUCAAAUUGGUCAAAUUGGUGCACAGAUAAUUCUUAUGUGGUGGAUUCAAAGUACUAACUCAGAUCUUUUAGAGGUCUAGGGCUUUUUGCAGCACUUGAAAGUUAUGUUCUUUGUAUUUAGAAAUUAGUAAGUCUUCAUGCUCAAGUUCCCCCAGUCAUACUUUUUUCCCGUAAAA